UGUUGACAGCUACGAAGAACAACUCGGUGUGUGGUGACUGCAUGAUCUCUGUUACGAAUUCAUUUAGUUAAAAACAGGAAAAAACGCAAAUAAACAGUUUGCAUAAAAAAAACUCAAACCCAAGUUUGUUUAUAAAAAAGUUUGAAGACAUGGUUUGUUAGAUGAAAAAUUCAACCAGAUGAUAUUUUGGUUUGUUUUAGAUGGGCUUAUGAGUACAUAUUAAUGUGUUAGUUCAGCAGGAAGUUUCUAAAAGUAACUUUUAAGGCACAUUGUGAGUUACGAAGACAAAACUCUUAAAUGUUGGGUCAUUCAAAUGUGGUUCUGCUCACAUAUAGAGACAUAAAAUAGUUAAUAAUGAAUAAUCGUUGAGUCUGUAAAAUAUCAGAAAGUAGUUAAAAUCUGCAACAUGUGUUCCCAUGAGUUUCUUGCAGCACUUCAAAGCCAAAAAUAUCCAGUUCAAUAAAAUAAGAUGCAGAACAUUAAAAUGGCUUCAGUCAUAAAUAAAUCAAUUAUCAGAAUUGUUGCUGAAUUAUUUUAAUUAAUUGUGUCCACUGUAUUUGUGAGGUUUUCUGUUCUCUUUCAUCGGUUUUGGGAUCUGCUUUAUAUUCCAUAAAAAUAUAAGGAAUCCAAGUAUAAAUAUGAAUGACUGAAAAGGUCUCCUCUGGUGUUGAUCAGACUUCAUACCUGCAACUUCACUUCUGGGUUUGAACAUUUGUUAUAAGUUGCUAUAAGUUUGUUUUUGCCAACAAAAAAAGCUGAUAAAUGUAGUGUAUUGGCAUUAAAGAAAAAUAUGUAAAUAUUUCAGACAUAUUAAGGUAGGUGAACUGCAUUUCACUGAACUGUAUGUACUUAUUUUAUAAAUGGGAAACCACAUUUUUAUUCAUUUUGAUUGCUUUGGCUUCUUUGCGGAUGCUUCCUCACUUCAUAUUCAAAACCUUAAAUAUUUAUAUUUUCAUGUAUUUCUUUAUUCAGGUGAAGAGGCCUCCUCAUGUGCUGGUGGAUGUAAUUCUGAUGAAGCCGAACUACUGACUAAACGGCAACAAGACAUGGACACGUCCCAACUCAAACGAGUCUUCUGCGUGUACUUUCGGGGGAAAUGACGCGUCCUGAAUGAACCUGCACACUUAAUCCAGCUGUUUGGUGCAGGCUGCAAGAUGCGCACAGCAUGUGACUUCCCUUCAGCCGACCACACAAAGAUAAGACACCGGGGGAACAGUUUGUAAAACCCGCGGGUCUCUGGAGGACCCCUCCGUGUUGUGCUGGAGGAGGAGGCGGAGGAGGAGGCUGGGCCGACAUGAGGCUGUGUAACCGGGGUGGGAUGAUGCUGCUGACCACGGCGGGGGCUUUCUGCGCCUUCAGCCUCAUGACCAUCGCAGUGGGCACAGACUACUGGCUGUACUCCCGCGGGAUGUGCCGCUCCAAGAGCCAAGGUGACAACGAGACGGUCCGCAAGAACGAGGAGGUCCUGACCCACUCGGGGCUAUGGAGGACCUGCUGCACCGAAGGGACAUUUCGAGGCGUUUGCAAAGACAUUGAUCACUUUGCCGAAGAUGCAGACUACGAGCAGGAUGCUGCAGAGUAUUUAUUACGAGCAGUACGAGCCUCCAGCCUCUUCCCCAUCCUCAGCGUGGGGUUGUUGUUUCUCGGAGGAGUGUGUGUGGCUGCCAGCGAGUUCUACAAGUCACGCUACAACGUGAUCCUCAGCGCGGGUAUUCUCUUUGUCUCUGCAGGUCUCAGUAACAUUAUUGGCAUCAUUGUGUACAUAUCAGCCAACUCAGAUGACCCCAGCCAGAGCGACAACAAGAAGAGCUACUCCUACGGCUGGUCUUUUUAUUUUGGAGCUCUGUCCUUCGUGCUGGCUGAGAUGGUGGGCGUCCUGGCAGUGCACGUGUUCAUAGAGAAGCACCGGCAGCUUCGCACAAAAGGCCGGCCUUCACUCAUGAAGCCGCCCAUCUCCCGCAAUUCAUCUUACCACCGCAACCGCUACUACCAGAACCGCUGCCGCAGAUACAGCUACAGGAGCAACCACAGUGCAGGGGACUCCGCUUCACAGUCCUUUCGAACAUCCCUGAUGCGAGACCGAGAGCCGUCCAUCUCCGCCGAGUCCAAAGUCAUGGCAGGUUUGUCGUCCCCAGUGACUGUGGGCUCAGAGUUCAUGCUCUACACCUUGGCCUCGCCUCUCAAAGACGGUAAAAUAGACAUGGAAGAGGAGGAUUUAACUACUGUGGCUGCUCACAACAACACAGAGAUUCUGCCUGGAAACUGUGCAGCCAACAGAAGAACCACGCCUGUCUGAGAGGACAGGAACAGGAAGUGGGAAUACACAGGAGGAAUAUAUAUAUAUGUCAGCAAACGCUUCAGUUUCUUGGUAAAGAAGGAGUAAAGACUUUGAGGAGGCCCAGAUUAGAACAACAUAGAUCAAUAGUGAAGAAAAUCACGCACAGUUUCCCAGUACCCAGUUGCUUGUUUUGUCUGACCAACAGUCCAAAACACAGAUGAAUUAAGCUCUAUAAAUUAAGCAAAACCUUGUGUUUGGGAUGCUGAAAUCAGAAAGUGUUUGGCAGAAACAAAAUAUAUCAAAGACGCUGCAGAUUAUUUUUCCAUCAGCUGACCAAUCGAUCAAUCAUCUAACUGUUCCACCUCGGGUCUGAAGCAAUAUGAUUUUACUGCUGCCUAACUCUAAGAAAAAAAACAUCUAUUCAUGAAACAACAACACAGUUUUGAUCUCUAAAA